CAACUUCUUCAAUGAUGGGUCUUCUUCGCAGCAGAACGUACUUCGGCGAUGCCAUCAGUCAUGCUUGCGUUGCGCGGUGAACCUCACAAUUGUCUGCAAAGCUUUCAUUUACUUGCCUGGAGGAUUACAACUCGGCAGGUGUGAAGUCCGUGAUAUUGUGGUAAUCAAAUCCAUCCCCGAGUGCAUGAUACUGACUGACUUCAGUGUCGCGAUGAGUUGUGGCUGUAAUUCAGGCCGCGAAGCGAAAUGACCUCGUGAGCUUCGGAAAAGUGUGUGUGCGCGCCGUAAGGCGCUGAAACAUUCGGAGGCGGAGUGACGGGUCGGAAUCGGAGGAAUACGGGUUGCUGUUGGACAGGUGAUAUUCAGAGACUCGUGCGCGUUUGUAAUUCUUGACGGCGGAGGAAUGUAUGGCGCCAGCAGUCCCGCGGAGGGUUUAGGGUUGGGAAAUCGUGAGUAUUGAGGAGUUGAGGAUUGCGUGAUCCUUUGGGAAGAUUGAAUCUGAAAGAGUGGUUAAAUUAGCGUUUACUUGACACAAGACAGAUGAGGAAUAUCGAAGCGAUUCGACAUGCUUGUUGACGUCUAUGCGUAAGCUGGCAACAAGAGGCUCAUCGGAGGCAACCUUGUGUUUUGUCUGUUCUGGGAGAAAAUUAGGGUUUUGGUCCCUCAGGUGAUGAGCGGGAGUUGGAAUUUGGAGCUUUGGGACAAGGAGUGGGCUUUUUGUAUCAGUGUCAAGUACUGGUGCUCAGGGAGUUUUCUUUUGCAGCAUACAUAUUCGGAGUUGAGCUUGUCUUACAAAUUCUCUGGGAUCUGUACGCCUGGGCUGCUUAAUUUCUCGUCUGCCUAUUCCUAGGGGAACGCUGUUACUUGCCUUCCUCAGCCGUCUUGUGCAUGAUCCUAUUCUCUUCUAGCUCUCUGCUCUCGUUUUCUUCUUUUGAAUAUAUUCGAUACAAGUUGGUGACAGCGGUUGGUGAAAGUUAGCGAACAUGGACAUCAUAGCUCAGUUGCAAGAACAUGCUAGUGCGAUUGCCUAUAUAGCAUUUAAUGCAGCAGGAACUAUUCAAAGGGAUGCCCCUCCGUCGCAGUUGGCCCAGGAUUACCCUAAGCCAACUGGGAUUACCACUGAAGCCCUCGAGCAGCCGAAGGAGAUGGCUACAGCUUUCGUGCAGGCUGUUCAGCGCUUCGAUGCCUUAGUUUCAGCUUUACCUGAUAUUCAAGGUGGCGAAGAAGCGCAGUUAAAGCGAAUCGCAGAACUGGAGGCUGAGAAUGAAGCAUUUGGCCAGGAACUGCAAAGAGAGCUGGAAGCGGCUGAUAGCGAGUUGAACCAGAUCCAAGAGCUAUUCGACAUGGCGACUGAUAACUGGUUGCAAAUGAAGCCACCGUAAUUAUAUACACUAGUAUCCAUGUAAAGGUCGGUCACUGAGGAACAGUUUUUGAGGUUUGUGCUUUCGGUUGUAGAGUUAUACUGGAUCCCUUGGAUUUUUUUGUUAAAGCAAUGUAGUUGCUCAAGAUGCUUGAGAUUCAGACUUAAUUGAACAAACUAUUAGGUUGGACAGUAAUUUCUUUAUCAUGUAGUGUCCUCUAAAGCCUUUGUUACUAUCAGGAGUUUGAAACGGUGUACUCGUUUGAGCGUCUUGCUUAGCAACUUAUGAGAUUGGAUUUUGGGAGGUA